GCCCCUCCCGGCCUUUGCCCCGCCCCACUGCUCGGUUCUGUCUUUCUGCUACCCCCUCGUCCUCUAGUGCUGCUAGGAGUGGGGGAGAGAGGGAGAUUUUGCUGGGCUCAGGUGGGGGUGUGCCUUCUUGGUGGGGAGUUAAAAGAGUUAAAACUGGGGUGUCACGCUGGCGUCCCGCCUGCCAGCUCUGUUCCCAGGCCUUGCAGCAGGUCCCUCCCUGCAGGUCCCAGAGCGGGUCGUUUGUCCCAGUGCACUGAUGGCUCCACAGGCUCGCCUGGGUUACGGAUGUUCCUGGAGCUUGGGGUACUUCACCCUCCUGAUGGGGCUGAGCAAGGCGCCGACUUGGGCCAGGACGGAGCUUUCCUGCCCCUCCCCCCAAGGUGAAGGUGGGGAGCAGUGGGGUCUCCCCCUCCGACUGGCAGCUUCCAUGCUUGCUCCAGAGGCCUGUGUGCAGGUGUGCCAGCACCGGCUCGGCUCUUGGCGGGUGUUACUAGCAACAGCACAGGCCCUGUCCCUGUUCCCUGCACACCGUGGCCCAGGCCAUGGGGACUGUCAGAGAGUGAGUCAGGUGGGGAAGCCAGCAGAAAUGCAGGUCUGCACUCCUGUCAGUGCCCGGCCUGGGAACCAGGACAGGAGUGAGGCCACAUGGCUUUCUGGGGGGCCAGCGGGUCAGCAUGGCCCGGGGUUGGGAGGGGAGCUUCUGUCCUUGGGUGCCCUCAUUCCUGGUCUCUGGACUUUGGGAGCCAGCCCCCAGAGUUCUUGCCUGGGGAUGCGAGGUGGGGAAGCUGGGGUGAGAGCAGGGCCCUGGGGGUGCUGGGGACCCCCCGGAGAACCAUCCGUCCUUACCCCUCAGGGAGCAGGCCCCUGGCUGCACACGGCCAUGGGGAGGCUGAUGGUGCGUGAGGCUCCCCGUGGCAGAAGGCUGCUCGUUGUCAGCGCGCUGCUCCCUCACCUUCUGGGCCCGAGUUCUCUCUCCAGGCUCUGGAGAGUUCUGAGUCUGAAAUGCAGCUUCCUAGGCCCAAACCCAGCCCUUUGGACCCAGGCCCCUGGGGAGGGAGGGGAGCUCGCUGAACACUGCUGUGAACGCCUUCCUGCAGCUUCCAGUUCUCUUCCCAUGUUCCUGGGGUCUCGGUCAGGACCCCACUCCAGGGUCAGCCCCGAGUGACGGCUCUAGGCUCUGAGACCUCACCGGCCUCCGGGCUGUGGUUGCGUGUGAGGAGCUAUAGCCCCUCUGAGCGUGUCGCGCACACGGUGUUUGAAGGGGGGCCCUCUGGGGAGGUCCCCUGGAUGCAGUGUCCGGGACCAUGUGACCAGGUGGGGACAAAGGCUCCUGCCCCAGAGACUGGAGAGCCGGGGCCCCUGGCUAGUGCCUCAUCGGGGAGUUGGGGGCCAGGCUGGCCUGGAUCAUUGCCCUGUGACUCCACGGCCCGUGAGAUCGUGGCUCCGCAGUGAGUAACCCUUCUGAGCGCCACUCCCCCUGGAGCGGCCGCGUUUCCUGCUGCCCAGAAACUUCUCCAGGGAGCCAGCUGACACACUUGGCCUGCGCCGUCUGUUUUUGAACAGGCCUGAAAGGAGAGAGUGAGUAAGAAAGUGUUGGGGGGCGGGUAAUUGAGUAGGGGAAGGUCAGAGAGAGGGGAGGAAAGAUCUGGAAAGUCCCAACAUGUGCUUUGGAAGCAGGUGCCAGCCAUGAGCUACUCUGGAGGGUGGGGCCUGUCCACAGAAGAGCAAGCAGAGACUGGGGUGGGGGGAGUGUUCGGAAAGGGGAUCGCGGCUCAAAGCCAGACCUGGGAGCCUGCCCUUGGCCGGCUCUCUGCUGCUUUGGGAGCAGAGUUGUUUCCAUUUUAGGGACACAGUGGGGAGGCUGUCAUUCUCCUCAUAGCUCUUAUUAAGAUUCCAUUAAUCACAGUGAUCACUCCAAGUGCUGGACUCCAAGCUUCUCCAACUGCUUCAUGGGACGUAUCUGCGCAGCAACCUUAGCAAACACUCACCGACUGUUAGGUGUUGUAGAGAAGGAAGCAGGGCACAGAGAGGUUGAAAAACUUACCCAGGCCACACAGCUGGAAGUGGCAGAUGCUGGCUUGGAGUUUGAACACGCAGCUGUUGGGACUCCAGAGCCCCAGAAGGUUUGUAACUCGGGGCCUGGUUUCUCUGCCCCUUUGCCAGCCUCUGGUUGGCUGGCUGUGCUGAGGUCCCUGGCAUGUCCGGGCAGCCCCAGCGCAGUGUCCCCAUGGCUAAACUGGGGCCAGGAGAGGAAGGGACUGCAGCUGGAGUCUUACUCCCAGUGGGCAGCCGCACCGAGGACGAGGCCACAUGUCCUCUCCUGGAGCUCUGGAGCCCACAGGUAUGGGGUCGGGGCUGUCUGCCGCCUAGUAGGAGAGGGCCUAUGGCAGCAAACCCUUGGAGUCUGGCCUGCGAAGCCUGGAGGCUUCCGGAGGCCGCUGGCCCAGCUCCCUGUGCAGCUGGUUCUCCCGCAUGCUCAGUCCCCAGUCCCCAGUCUCCACGACCUCCCACAUCUGGGACGGUCUUCCCAGGCUGGGUCAUGUGGUGCAGGCCAGCGCUGCUCUGGGGGAGGGCGGGUUGCCAGGAACAGCCUGCAGGGAGGGGGCCCCACUCCCCUGGAAUGGAGUCAGAGCUCACUUUGGUCCAGCGCCCAUUUGGCACAGGGGCGGGCUCCACUCCCAAUGGGGUGUGUGGGGGUCCCUCCAUGUGGCCCAGCUCUGCACAGGCCCUGUCAGUUCCCUGCCCACGUGUCCAUCCGUCCACCCACCAUCCCCCCAGCCCCCCAGUAGGCAUUUAUAUUGUACUUGUGGUCUGCGGGAGGAGAGACUGUCUGUCUGGCUCGGAGCCAGAAGUUGCGGGGCGAUCCCGGGUCUGCUGGCCACUGGCCACUUGACCCUGGGCAGAGCCAGGCAUCCCUGCAUGACGGUCCGAAUCUGCGGGAGGAGGAGCUGGGACGUGAUGGUUCUGGGUCGUGCUGGGGCAGUCCCCGCUGAGAAGUUAAGCUCUGUGUUCACGCAGGGAACCUGGACCAGUGAAUCAGGCUGAGCGGAGGGUCCUGGGCUGGGGAGGGCACCCCUCCCAGCCCAACACUCUGCAGCACAGUCGGCCAUUUCCUUCUGGGCCCACACCUCAGGGCCACACCUGGUCAGGAAACAGCGGCACCCUGGGAGCUGCCUGGGCCUGAGAAAGUGGAAUCAUCUGCCCCCCACAGCUGUCUCCAAAAUGUCCCAGGCAGUUGCCCCAUCUGAAAAUGACGGUCUACCCCACACCGCCCCCUGCCGUCCCCGUCCUGCAGGGCUCCUGCGCCUUCUGACGGGUCACUGUGUGAUGCUUGACGCUGUGAUCCUGGCGGUUCUUAGUGAUGUUCCCGGAUGGUUCAGAUCACUUUGUGCCUCAGACCUUCCACCCAGCGGGAAGGGGCCUCGAGGCAGGGCCUGUGGAGCCCCCACUGUGCGUCCUGUCAGUGGCUUCUGGACCCGCUCUGCCUGUGGAGGCGAGGGGACCCCGGGCCUGGCUGACCGCUCUUUGGAAUCUUCCGCCCGCUUGGCCGGCCGAGCCAGCGUGCCUUCGUAGGGGCUGCUGAGAAGCUACGAAGCAUCUGUCUUCCUGGUUGAAAACAACCCUUAUCUUUUGUGAUUGAAAAAUUAUGCCAACUCAUGGCAGAGAAAAUUAAAUCCGA